AUGAAUCUCCUUGUCAUCUUCUCAUUCCUUCUCUCGUUCCUACACCGGCUGGCGAAAUGCAUUUGUGUUCAUUUGCUGCGCUUCGGGCCGACGCCUAGACAUAUAGGGUUUAUAAUGGACGGCAACAGAAGAUUUGCGAAGUCGUCGAAUAUGGAGAUAGCCAAGGGACAUGAGCUGGGGCUCAUGGCACUGGAAGAGAACCUGGAAACAUGUUUCCAAAUCGGAAUUCGUGCCGUUACAGUGUAUGCUUUCAGCUUGGAUAAUUUUCACCGCCCAAAGCCCGAGGUGGACGCACUAAUGGACUUGGCUAAGAUACAUUUAGCUCGGCUGACGGGGCCGCAUGGUCUGCUCACAAAGUGGAAUGCAAAGUUCAACGUUCCUGGGAAUCACGAAAUGCUUCCAUCAGAUGUGAAAGAGGCCAUUCGAAAUGCAGUUUCGGCCACUUCGAAGGGGGACGGCUACGUUUUCAAUCUCUGCCUAGCAUACACAUCGAGGGAUGAGAUGACAACUGCAAUCAGGAACACCGUUGUGCAAUUUCUAGAGAGACCUAAGGAUCAUGUCAUUGUUGUCGAUGCAGAAGACGGUACACUGGAUGGCUGGCGAGAAAAGAGCAUAACGGCCCAGAGCCUAUCCAAUAAUAUGCACAUCCCAGACCAUCCUCCACUAGACCUGUUGAUUCGAACCUCUGGAGUCAGCCGUCUCAGCAAUUUUCUCCUGUGGCAGUGCCAUCAGGAAACCAAAAUUCUCAUCCUGGACACAUUCUGGCCUCGUUUAAGAGGCUUUGCCGUUGUGUCGAUGCUUUUACGGUGGAAAUUGAGAACAUGGCUGUCCGGCUUGUGGGGUGUAUGA